GUUCUGACUUUCUGACUUUUUGAAUCCUUACCAUUUGACAUUGGAUAUCGACAACGCCAAACAGGACCGAAGGCUGAUAUGUCUCAAUCGACGACUACGCUCGAACAACAGCAACAACACCAGCGACCUGCGAAGGGUCUUCCCCGGAGUCUACCCACUUCCGCUACCUUCUCGUUUACCGCUCCCUUCCCACCCCCAUCCUCCACACACGCACCACCACAUUCAUCCGCACACGUACCACCAUCCUCAUCCUCAUCGUCUGUGUCUGCUCCACCUACUGCGACCACGACCACGACCACCGCGACUACUGCUACUAUGACAGCCACGGGUGGCACGGGCACGGUGUCGAGACCGUCAACGACGAAACAACGAAGAGUCUCGCUCGCAUUGCCGUCGUCACCGCGUCAAGUCCAGCCAUGGACGUUCAGGGACGACACGUCCGUGUUUGAGAGCACGAGCGCCACGGGGACGAAAGCUGAUGCCGUGGCGGGGAGGGAACAGAGAGAGAGGGCGGAGAGUUUGGUCAUGGAGAGGAAGGGGAAGGUGAGGAAGUUGGAGAGUGGCGAGGGGUCGAAAGCGGCGGAUGCUGAGAGGCUGACGGGUGGGGCGGUGAAUGUGGGUACGGGUGUGGCGGGGAGUGGGAGUGGGAGUGUGGGGACGGGGGCGGAGAAGAAGAUGAGGAAGAAGUGGACGAUGGAGGAGACGCAGAUGUUGGUUGAAGGGUGUAAUCGCCAUGGUGUGGGGAACUGGAAGGCGAUCUUGAACGACAAGUCACUCGAAUUCGACCAUCGCUCGCCCGUCGAUCUCAAAGACAGAUUCCGCACCUACUUCCCCGACGCCUACAAACAACACUACCCCAACGCCAAAACCCACCUCUCCACCAAAAUCCGUUCUUCCCUCCCCGACGGCACCUCCAUCUUCGAAAAAACACGUUCCAAAAAGCGGCGCCCAUUCACCCCAGAGGAAGAUCGUGCCCUCAAAGCGGGGUAUGAGAGGCACGGAACGGUGUGGGCUGCGAUUGUGAAGGAUCCGGUGUUUAAAGGGCAGGGGAGGAGGAGCACGGAUUUGAGGGAUCGGUUUCGGAAUGCGUUUCCGGAUUUGUAUAUGAAGG